GCCGCGACGAUAUAUUUGCGAGUUAACCAAUGAAAACGGCACAAUUCCAAUCCCAUGCUACGAAACGAACGACCUCUACAUCGUGUUGGACGCGUCAGGAAGCAUUUCCCCUGCAGAUUUCGUUCUUGCCAAAGAAUUUAUUGUCAAAUUAAUAUCCGCAUUUGCGGUCCACGAUAAAAAUAAAAUUGGAAUGUCGACAUUCUCUUCGUCUGUGAAUCCCGUGGUUUCCCUGAAUUUUGUGGCUGAUUGGGACACUCUGAAGGCCCAGAUUUUGGGAGCAGCGCAUUCUAAAGGAGGAACCAACACGCAUCUCGCCUUGGAUUCUGCCAUUGCCCAAACGGUUCCUCUGCGCAGGACCGAUAUACCGCAAAACGUCGUAGUCUUAACGGACGGAAUGUCGAAUAAUAUGCCAUUGACGACGGAGGCGGCUCACCGCGCAUUGGACGCAGGAUUGGAAAUGUUCGCGGUCGGAAUUGGCAAUUAUGACGUGAAUGAGCUUAAGGAAAUUUCUGGGUAUAGGCAAGAUCGACUCUUUACGGUUGACCAGUUUAAUGAGUUGGUCCAGGUUUUAAGAACGCUGAGUCGAAGGAUUUGUCCGGAUUACAAGUAAAUGGAGGGAGGACGAUUUCAUUUUUUCUUGAUGAAGAUGUGACUAAAUUUUAAGUUUCUUGAAAAAUGGAUAACAAUUUUUAUUAAAUUUACUAAAAUAACUUCAUUAAUAUGGCGAUCUUUGCUAAAACAUGGCUGCCCAGAUUUGUUUGUUGUUUAGUUUUAAAUUUAUUUAUUCUGCGUAAAUAAAUAUAAGUUAAACUAUACGUUAUAC